CAUACCAAGAUAUUUUGCUUCUGCAACUUGAAGCCUAGCUAGAAUACUGCACGUUUUUCUGGUUCCCUGUUGCCAUUAGAUCCUGCAGGGUUUCCAGCGGUUGCGGUUUUUCCACCUCAUCCCACCUUCCUCCCGGAAAAACAGUUUGAAAAAGGCGCCAAAAAUGAGUUCACGCUCCCGGUCUCCUCCUGAACCAGCUCCCAUUGAGGCGGAGGAGGAGCUUGCCAGCCCCCUGCUCUCUCCGGAUGUGGUCGGCUCCGCAUGCAUUUGCUGCCUAAUCGACGAGGGGCAUCGCUGUAGAUACCCGGCCACCAGCGCCACUUUCAACAAGAGGCUGGUCAAGACUUCUCUCCAGCGACGGCGCCAGCUCAUCCCUGAUCCUGAGGUUAGCCACAGCUACGUGUGCAAGUACCACCGCGGCGUGCUGUACAGUAUGAACAGUAUGCGUGCUAAGAGAAAGAGAAAAGACUCAGAGGAGGAGAGUGACUGCCAUUUUGAGGUGGAUUUCUUGCAGUUGCAGAUGAACACGCUACGCAGGUACAAGAGACACUAUAAGCUUCAGCUCAAGCCUGGUACCAACAAAAUACAACUGGUCGAGGCCGUGUCAAGGCACUUCAAGACCAUUAGAGUGUCAGAGAAGAAAAUCGUUCCUCUCUUCAUCUCAAUGGUCAAGUCCCACAAGAGCAAACUGGACCAGCCAAAGCCCCCAGACUCAUGAACUCUCUCUGUUUGUAUAUACACCAUCUCAUCACGCCCCACUUCUUGUCUUCAUGUUAGCAUUCUGUAUGCUCAGAUCUUUUGUAAGAAACAGGGCGUGUUGUUUACAGGAAUAAUUCAAACCGCGCGGGAAAAAUCAAAGCAUGCGCAUGCGCAUAAGUGCUCCCUUCAUUUUGUUCGGUGUGGUAUAGAGCGCCCAGGAUCUGGCUGUGUUUGGCGGGCCGUGCCUAUCUACAUACAUUGCUAUUGGUGAAGCUGCCCUGCAGGAAAGUCUGUUGCUAUCUUCUAAAGUAGAGCCCGUCGAGCUACAAGUCUCCAAAGGGGAGUUGCGUCAGCCGAUUCGAACAGAAAUUUGAAUCCGUCGCAGCCUCUUUCCCUCUGCCCUGUUUGCGUGUAGCUUCUAAGCUUUUGGACUCCAGCAGCGAAGAAGGUGAAUCAUGCCGCCCAAGAACACGGACCCCAACAAACCCAAGGGGCGCACGAGCGCCUACGCUUUCUUCAUCAAGCACCAGCGAGCGAUCUACAAAGAGCAAGGGAAGUCGCUGGACUUUAGCGCCUUCGCCAAGGACUGCUCGGACGAGUGGAAGCAUCUCGGACCCGAAUCCAAGGAGAAGUUCGGGCGGUUGGCCGCGGAGGACAAGAAGCGCUACGACCAUGAGAUGAAGGGCUACGUCCCGCCUGCUGGUGCCACCAAAGGCGGGCGCGGCCGCAAAAAGAAGGACCCAAAUGCGCCCAAAAGACCACUGUAAGUAGCUCGUACUACACACCCCUGAGGGUGUUUACGUGCAGCUGCCCGUGCAAUCCUUCAUUUUCAAACUACUUUUCUGGUACAGAGAACUCUUUUUUCCCACACACAGGUCUGCAUUCCUUUUCUUCUGUCAGGACAGACGGCCUGCGAUAAAGGCGAAGAACCCUAGCUACACGAUUGGGAAUACGGCCAAGGUUCUGGGGAAGGACUGGAAGGGAUUGGACGAGGAGAAGAGGAAGCCGUUCGAGGCGAAGGCAGAGAAAGACCGCCAACGCUACGAGCAGGAGAAGCGGGAUUAUGUACCAGCUGGCGAGGACGACGAGGAAGAGGAAGAAGAUGAUGAGUACGAGGACUAGGCUCGAUCGUCGCUCUGUAGAACUAAGUAUAUUGACGCAGAUAGUAGGAACCCUGUAUGCACACCUGUACCACCUCAUGCACUUAUCCUCCUUGAAACCUUAUUACACACCUUCUAUCUAUCUCCGUCGUGUGCAACACUAAAUUUUAAGCCAUUCUACCAAUGAGUACUUGUAUAAGCUGUGUGUAUAUCCUCAUUUUCUCUUUUCUGUAUCCCUAUGCCGGACUGUAUUCUGACCAUAUCUGGUGAUUACAAUGCCUGUAUGUAUAAUCCCCCUGUGAGACUUUUUACAGAUUCUGUAUGCAGUAAUGUAUUACAUUGUUUUAUCUUGUUGAAGGUGGCUGUUGUCGUUGUGG